AUUACGGAGUGUUCUAUUUGGCUGGCUCAAGAAAUGCUGAGCCUAAUCAGUUUGAAUCGUGAGGCAGGCGAAGAAGGUUGCAACUUGGAAGAUGUUCCGUAUUUCAUCUACAUGGGUACUGGGGCUAACGUUGAUGGCGCUAUUCUCGGCGCAAUCGACGGAAGCAUACCUUUGCAUGUGUUCUCCGAUAAGCUGCGUACUGAUUCAUCCCAAUACGGAUUUUUUCAAAUCUGCGGAGAGCUUCUGCUCGAGUUAUCGUACAGCGGCUCACGAUGUUUCGAUUAUAAGGCUGAUGGAUACAAAGCUGUCGCCGGAUGCAUUCAACAAAUUCCCGAACAUUACGUCGCUCGAGAUUUUUCAAGGUCAGCUCGAGAAGCUUGACUCCGACACUUUUAGUGGAGCAGGAAGUUUGCUGAAACUUCUGAUCAGAGGAAACGGCCUGACUAGCCUGGACGAUUACACAUUCAAAGGCGCGAACAAUUUGAAAGAUUUAAUGAUCUCGUCCAAUCCUUUGAACAAGAUCGAAGAAAAUGCCUUCGCCAACCUGAAGCAUCUGGAAAUAUUAAUUUUGACUCACGGAGAACUCACAUCUCUACCGAAGAAUGUGUUCAAGCAUAAUCGAAUGCUGAAGAUUGUUUCGCUGAACAACAACAAGUUAGAAUCUCUUGACUCGGAGGUGUUUGUUGGCCUGGAUGACCUAACGAAGCUGGAACUUUCGGAAAACAAGCUGAAGGUGUUUGAUUUCAAACUUUUAAAAGCAUCGGUAAUUAUGAUGAAUAACAACAGUUUGACUGAUUUGACUAUCAACGAACAUUGCAACACAAUUUACGCAAGCUAUAACGAGAUUCAAACAGUCACCAUGAUGGGGAAUAACCUGAGCAAGCUAUCGUUGAUCAGUAAUAAAAUUCGGGACAUCGGUAACAUUACCAAAGCAACAAAUUUGACCAGUUUGUCCUUGGGUAGCAAUCCUCUGGAUCCGAAUUCGGUAUUCAGUUCUCUUGAGAAACUCGAAGAGCUGAUGCUGCAGUCGACCUACAUCAACUUAUCUGAAAACACGUUUGCCAAUUUGAAGCAACUGAAAAUUCUGGAUCUUUCGUAUAACAAUUUGACUGUGGCGGACUUCAAGAUUCUAGGAUCGCUCAGUUCUCUUCAAGUUCUGAGUUACGUAGGUAAUCAAAUUCCAAGCUUCAACUACAUCGAGGCACGAGAACAUCUUCCUCGACUUCGGGUGCUUGAAGUAUGCAAAAAUGGCUGGAAUAACACAUACUUCGAGACGAACAUUCUAAGGAUGCGUCGUUUUCAGCUGAGUCCGGAUGUGCAUGGAUUUUCAUCUCAUUUCCUGUUCCGAGAUGACUUCAUCAGAAUGUGCUCCGAGAAACUGAUCGAUGAUUACAACUACGACGAAUACCCGGAGCAACCCAUCGAUGUCGAGGAUGAGAUCAGAGCGUUGUAUCCCAAGGAACUGACCACUACAUCUACUUCCACAACCUCAACGAAGAGGACCACCACAAUUUCUACAACCUCAACGACAACGGAACAACCAACAACGGCAAAGGCCGCUUUGGAACAAACUACCGAGAAGGCAAGCCACCAUGUGCUGGAAUACAACACGGAUGUGGGUCAACGUAGAAUUACAGCAACUGAGCCGGAAAAGGCAUCGUCUCCGUUAUUCAUCACAUUCCAAGUGCUGGUCUACAUUCUGUCAGUGUUUGGUCUGGCUGCACUGGUGGCCGUUGCCUACCUUUGGAGAAAGCGUCAACUCGGUGCAAGACCGCUGGCCGUUAGCACCGGGACUACCGAUUCAGUGAGAUUGAUAUAGAAUGUUGAGUCAAUAAGUGCAUAGUGAUAAAGAGUGGAAAUACUCUAAGAGCAGUGAAGUAACGAUCUUCAAGAAGAAACGUGUGAAUACGUGAUCUGUUUUUCGGACAAAUGUGUUACAGAGAACAUUACACUAUAAAGGAAGCGAUGAUUUUAAAUAAGUGUAAACAUACUUUAAUCUGGCUGAUAUUCCAUUCGAAUUUGUAGGGAUUCCCUGAAGUGAUAGUUUGAAUAAAGCUGAUGCAAAAUUAAA